AUGGCUUGCAUUGUUUCCGGGUUUAAGGUUUUGUGUUUGUCUCUCUUAUUUGUAGCUGUGGCAAGUCGUCCUACCGUUGGGCCAAAGGUUUUCAACGUCCAACAUUAUGGUGCUAAAAGCGACGGCCAAACAGAUAAUGCCAAUGCGUUCACAAAUGUGUGGAAAAGUGCAUGUUCAAGAGGUGGAAAUAGUAUAAUCUAUGUACCAACGGGAACUUUCUAUCUCGGUGGUGUGGAGUUCGUCGGACCAUGUAAAAGAACACUCGACGGCCAAGGAAAACAAUCURGGCCACUCAAUGACUGCCAUAAGAACACUAAUUGUCCUAAACUCGCUAUGACCAUGGGGUUUGCAUUUGUUAAUGACUCAAGUAUCGAAGGGAUAACAUCACUCAACAGCAAAAUGGGACAUUUCAACUUUUACUCGGUCCAUCGCUUUAACAUCACCGAAGUCACUAUAACAGCUCCUGGAGAUAGCCGUAACACCGAUGGGAUCAAAAUGGGCACUGGAGACGAUUGUAUCGCCAUUCUCUCUGGAACAASUAACCUAGAUAUCUCUAACGUCACUUGCGGUCCCAGACAUGGGAUUAGUGUUGGAAGUUUGGGGAAGAACAAAGAUGAAAAAGARGUGAAGGGAUUAACGGUAAGAGACAUUGUUUUUAACGGCACGAGUGAUGGUAUUAGGAUUAAGACAUGGGAAUCGUCAGCUUCAAAGAUCCUCGUUUCAAACUUUGUUUAUGAGAAUAUCAAAAUGAUUGAUGUUGGAAAACCGAUCAAUAUCGAUCAAAAGUAUUGCCCUCAUCCGCCAUGCGAGAAGAAGGGAGAGUCUCAUGUUCAGAUCCAAGAUUUGAAGUUAAAAAACAUAUACGGAAUGUCGAAGAAUAAGGUGGCAGUGAAUCUACAAUGUAGCAAAAGCUUUCCUUGUAAGAAUGUUCAGUUAAUUGACAUUAAUUUAAAACACAAUGGAAGACGUGAGGAUGGUCCUGCUACUGCAGUGUGCCAGAAUGUUGACGGAUCUGCACGCGGUAAGAUGUCUCCUCAGCAUUGCCUCGAUUGA